AUGCCAUUAGGAAGGCGCAAAAAGCACAUCUGGUCAGGGAAAUCUGGUGCAAUUAAGGCACAAGCCCAGGUACAGCUCUUAACUAGGAUGCAUCCUUCAGUCAAAAUAUACCAUUUAUCGUCUAUCUUAGUCAUCGGUACCGACAAACAGAUGGUCGUCGAGACGAGGCAUCCGGCUGGGCCCACUGCUCGUCUGGCUCUCUUCGUGAGCGAUCAGAUACAUUCAGACCUCGGCUGGUUCCGAUUUUUUGGGCUUUUGCCUGAGCCGUACCAGUCACACCAAAAAGUAGUCAGACUUCCGUAA